ACGUAGAGACUGAGAGUGGAUCUGGCAUCCAUGGAGUCCAAUCUGUCCUGCCUGUCUUCUCUAAAAGAAGAAGAGAUUCCGGUUUACAUCCAGCCACAUUACAAAGAGACCUACCGCCUGGCCAUUUACGCCCUGCUCUGUGGAGGGAAAGAGGCCUACGAGGAGUUCCUCAGGGCCGAGCAGAUCAGCCACUUUCUGUCAGAGGAUGAGAUCCUGUUCAUUUUGGAAAAUGCAGAGUCACCACUUGUGGAGGAUGACGCCGAGGGAAAACGGGUCACGGACGAAGUCACCCCCUCCACCUACUUCCCAACAGAGUCGGACGAGGAGGUGCCCGACCUGGACCUGGGCUGGCCCGAGGUCUCGCUGGAGGGCGCGGACACGAGCAUCAGCCUGCUGUUCCACCCGCCCAGACAAAACACACCCAGCAUCAAAGAGGUGGUUCGCAAACAGAUACAGGAGGCUAGGCAGGUUAUAGCCAUAGCGAUGGACGUCUUCACUGACGUUGAUAUUUUUAAAGAGAUCAUCACUGCCACACUGAGGGGAGUGGUAGUCUACAUCCUUCUGGAUGAUUCCCACUACAAGAGAUUCCUCACCAUGACCCAAAUGGUGGGAGUGAAUAUCCAAGACCUUAAGAACCUUCGUGUUCGAACGGUUCAGGGGCAGCAGUAUCAGUGUCGGUCCGGGGUGAAGUUUCAUGGAGAUUUGGAGCAAAAAUUUAUUCUGGUGGACUGCCAAUCAGUGUUGUAUGGAACAUACAGUUACACGUGGUCGUUUGAGAAGAUCCACCUUAGCAUGGUCCUGGUGAUCACAGGUCAGCUGGUUUGUUCUUAUGAUGAGGAGUUUCGAAGAUUGUACGCUCGCUCCACAGUCCCUCCGGUUCAGUCCAAGGAGAGGUCAGCUGUCCGGUACCCGAGAGACUCUGUGGCCCUGCAGAGCCCAAACUCCAGCCAGCUUUCCCUCCAUCAGAUUCACAUGAGAUCCAGAGGGAUGCACGGCAUUAGAAGUGCUCAGGAUGACAGGUACAACAAUGCUGGCAUAUUGACCAGGGGCCUGAGUGUGCAGGAGAGGCUGCAUCAAUCUCACUGUCCUGACAUGGGGAAUCUGAUGCGGGGGCACAGUUAUGGUGGAGAACUGCAGAAGUUAAAUUCCAUGACUCGGCUGAGGAUGGGAACCAAGGACUUCGGAGCCCCUCCCGAGAAGACUGGCUCUAACCCGAAGGGUGGAGAAUUUCUGCUAACAAACAGGUUGUCUCAGCAGCAUCUUAGGCACCGGAGUCGCUAUGGAGCUGACCAGAAUCUGAUACCAUUCAACUCUGAAACAUCACUUCACAGGUGGAAGAUGGACACAUACUUUAACGACGGUGAUAUGCCUCUAGAUGCAUCAUGUGAUGCUUUAUCCCCAAUGACAUCUCCAUAUAGUAGUCACACAGGCUUAAACGAGCAUCAGUCACAGCUGAUACACAGCCGGUCUAGGGACAUCAAGUCCAGGAUGGAAGAAAUGAGGCAAAAGAGGCUCAGUCUGCAGGAAUAUGCCAAUCUCAGGCAAAGCCAAGAGUCCUUGAGGUCUGUGUAUCCAACUAUGGAAAGACAAAGGUUUUCAUUAAGAGGCCUGGACAUGAGUGUGGCAGAAUUAGAGCCAACUGCAGAAAACGGUUGUAGCAUUGAGUCGGCCAACCACAAAGACAGUGAGCCAAAUAAGGAAGGUGACAAAAGAGAGCAAAUUCUCGAAAGAAAGAAAAUACAGACAUAUGACUGGCAUGACCCUCUUUCCAGGACAGCCUCAGCAGCUGAUCUAGAUAUGAAACUAAAUGAUCCAUCACUCAAGCUCUCAAGUCUCAGUAUCCAGAACCCAAGAACCAUGGAGUCUUUGACUGAAAUUCCUGAAGAGAAAGAGGGUUCAAACCCACGUGUCAACAGUUCGGACUCAGCCGCAUUCAAAGACGGAAAUGAGGAGACUCGCGGAGACGAGAAAGCUGUUCCUAAGCUGACUUCUGUAAAAUCGAGCUUACCUGCAGAAUCACUGCGCCACGGUUCUAUAGAUAAGGUGGCCAACAGUACAGGCUCAGCUGCUCCAAGAGAAGGAGAGAAAUCAACACCCAGUGAGGUACAAAAGAUCACAUCUACAGGAUCUGAGCAUGCAGUGGAUGCUAAGAGUAGUCACACGGAAAAAGGGCAAACACAGAGCGAGGAACCAACCCUUCAAAGGAAAAAUUCCAUGAGAAUGAAAGUAUAUUCACUGCUUACGUCAGACGAAAAGAAACCAUCCAAAAAAGAGGAGAAGUCACUCCAGAGAAAGGCCUCAUUGAGAUCAAAGAAUCCCUCAGGAUCAAUCCGAGCCGACCAUACACAGGCAUCUGCGUCUGACCAAACAACAAAGAAAGGUCAAUCGCCAAGCAUCUCCAGAUCGCAGAGCCCUGUCGGUGGUGCAACAGAGACAGAGAAGCAGAAAUCUCCAUUCCCAAGAUUAUCUACUCAGCGUUCAAGCAAAAGAAAGACGAACAUUGCAGCAGAGCAGGACCGAGGCUCGGGGAGCACACUGGACGACGAGGGAGCGACUGUCUAUCAAAGACAGAAAGUCUACAGUCGAUUUGAAUAUUUGCUUAACACUGAAAAGAGUCCUCGGGAUAAAUCAACGAGGAUGAAUCCCUCAGAGAAAGACAGAGGCUCUUCGCUGAACAGGAAUGAUUCUGGCUAUCCAAUGUACCAGACACAAAGUGGCACAGACAACAAGCUGGGAAGAUUCAUGCAGCGAGUAGGAAAUCUUAUAGGCAAGAACAAGUAGCGAUGCAGGAAAAGAAGGCCACAAUGCUCAAGAAUGAAGGCAAAGUUAGUGCAUUGGUCUAUGUUGAGAAAUCAACCAAAUAUUGCAGAUGGUUAAAAGAUAAGCAACAUUACAUAUGUAGUAACAUCUCCAAAGUUAGCAAGCAAGCAACAUUAGCUAACUUAAAAUGGUACUAUAUACUCCAAACAGCCAUAACAUUAUGACCACUGAGCUCCCUGACCAAUCCCUGACCGUACCGACAGACUGCUCUGCACUCUGUGUUCUGACCCCUUUCUAUCAGAACCAGCAUUAACUGUUUCAGCAGUUUGAGCUACAGUAGCUCGUCUGUUGGAUCGGACCACACGGGCCAGC